AGAGAGGAGCUGAGGAGAGGAGAGGUUCCCUAAUCAUGAGGUUCUUCUUUCUCUCGCUGGUUUUCGGCUUCGUGGUCGACGGUCAGCUGUUCUCUGCGUCAGAAAUGUACGGCAGCCUGCAGUCGCCGAACUUCCCGGAGCCGUAUCCCCGGGAGACGGAGCUGCGCUGGAACGUCAGCGUUCCCGACGGCUUCCAGAUCAAACUGUACUUCAGCCACUUUGACCUGGAGCCGUCGUACCUGUGUGAAUAUGACUACGUCAAGGUGGAGGCGGAGGGGGAGGUGCUGGCGUUGUUCUGUGGACGGGAGGACACGGACACGGAGGCGGUGCCGGCUCAGCAGGUCAUCACCUCCCCCAGGAACUCCCUGAGCAUCUUCUUCUCCUCAGACUUCUCCAACGAGGAGCGAUACUCCGGAUUCAUGGCUCACUACAGCGCUGUGGACGUAGACGAGUGCAGAGACCAAAGUGACGAGGAUCUGAUCUGUGAUCAUUUCUGUCACAACUACAUUGGAGGAUACUACUGCUCCUGUCGCUAUGGUUACCUGCUGCACUCUGACAACCGCACCUGCAGAGUGGAGUGCAGUGACGGUGUGUUCAGGCAACGCUCCGGUGUUCUCAGCAGCGUGGACUUCCCGUCUCCGUAUCCAAAGAGCUCCGAGUGUCUGUACUUGAUCCAGGUGGAGGCGGGCUUCAGGAUCCGCCUUCAGUUUGACCCCAACUUCGACGUGGAGGAUCAUCCCGAUGUCAGCUGUCCGUACGACUACGUUAAGAUCAAAGCAGGCAGCAGUGAGUUUGGUCCUUUCUGUGGUGAUCGAUCUCCAGGACUGAUCGACACCGACAGCAACAUCGUCCACAUCUUUUUCCACAGCGACAACUCAGGAGAAAACCUCGGCUGGAGACUCACAUACACAUCUAUAGGAAGUCAGUGUCCGGUACCUGAGAAUCCGCCCAACGCCUUGCUGACCCCCGUCCAAUCAGAAUACUCCUUCAAAGACCACAUCCUGUUCACCUGUGAGGCCGGUUACAGACUGCUGAAGGACGAUCAAUAUCUGGAUCAUUAUCAGAUCAGCUGUCAGUCUGAUGGACAGUGGAGCAGCAGUCCUCCUCUCUGCCAAAUGGUGGAUUGCGGGAGUCCGAAGGAGGUGGAAAUGGCCGACGUGGUGUUCGGUAGCCAUGACAACAGCACGAAGUUUGGUGCGACUGUCCGUUACGUCUGCAAAGAGGAAACGAUCCAGCUGCAACCCGGCAACAGUUCUUACAGCUGUGAGCAGAGCGGAGAAUGGAUGAGUUCAGAAGCAGGAGCCACACUGCCCACCUGUCUGCCAGCCUGCGGCCGGCCGGUCCGCUCGCUCCCCCCUCACAUGAAGCGGAUCGUAGGUGGUCGCAGCGCCGAGCCCGGCUUGUUCCCCUGGCAGGUUCUGCUCAGCGUGGAGGAUUUGUCCCGGGUCCCUGAGGACCGCUGGUUCGGAUCCGGGGCCCUUCUGUCCGAGUCCUGGGUCCUCACAGCGGCCCACGUGCUGCGCUCCCAGCGGAGGGACACCAGCGUCGUUCCCGUGGCUCCCGAACACGUUAAGGUCUUCCUCGGUCUCCAUGACGCCCGGGACAAACGCCGGGCCACAAACCGCUCAGUGCUGGAGAUCGUCCUCCAUCCGGACUUCCAGCCCGACAACUACAACAACGACAUCGCCCUGGUGAAGCUGAGAGAGAAGGUGGAGCUGAAUGAGAUCAUCCGUCCCGUCUGUCUCCCAACACCACACAGACAGGACGACACCCCAAUGCCUCUCCCUAACUCUCUGGGUGUUGUUGCUGGUUGGGGCAUCUCCAACCCGAACACCUCCUCCUCCCCUGGUGACCCCUCCACCCUGAGCUCUGACCCUGCGGCAGACACUGACCUGGGGAUGACCUCUGACCUCCUGCAGUACGUGAAGCUGCCGGUGGUGUCCCAGGAUGAGUGCCAGGCCAGUUACACCUCGCGCUCCGUCAGCUACAACAUCACCGACAACAUGUUCUGUGCCGGUUUCUACGAGGGCGGGAGGGACACCUGCCUGGGGGACAGCGGGGGGGCGUUUGUGAUGGAGGACGAGGGCAGCAGGAGGUGGGUGGUGUUCGGAUUGGUAUCCUGGGGCGGGCCGGAAGAGUGCGGGAGUCAAAGGGUGUACGGAGUCUACACCCGAGUGGUUAAAUACGUGGAGUGGAUACAGAACCACCUUCAUACUGCCCCCUAGUGGUCAGGCUUAAUCAGGACGUAUGAGUUGUCACCAGGCGGGAGUUUCAGUCCUCUGAAAUGAGGCCAACGCAGAAGUAACUUAAAACUGCAUUCUAUCAAAAGGCCACAAGGGGGCGACCGUCUUGGUGUCAAAAGGACUUCCGUCUCUAUACAAGUCAAUGGAGAAUUCACCAACUUCUCACUUGAUUUCUAACCUCAGUAAACGUUUUCAAAAUGUGUUUAUGGUCUCAAUCGCUAGUUUAAAGCCUUCUUCAAUGCAGUAUGAUGUUCAUUUGGGACAUUUUGGCCUCCCUGAUUUUAUAUGUGACGAUAAAGCAGGGUAUGCAUUAGGGCGUGGCUACGUGUUCCGAGUUGGUAUUCCCGACUUCCAAUCUAAUGGUGGGAGCGAGUCUAUGUUCCCUCAGCCCUAUGUUCCCUAAGCCCUAUGUUCCCUCAGCCUUAUGUUCCCUCAGCCCUAUGUUCCCUCAGCCCUAUGUUCCCUCAGCCUUAUGUUCCCUCAGCCUUAUGUUCCCUCAACCCUAUGUUCCCUCAACCCUUUGUUCUCUCAGCCCUAUGUUCCCUCAGCCCUUUGUUCUCUCAGCCCUAUGUUCCCUCAGCCCUAUGUUCCCUCAGCCUUAUGUUCCCUCAGCCUUAAGUUCCCUCAGCCCUUAGGGGGGGGGGGGGUGGGGGGCAACAUUAGGGAAUGGCCAUACCUGUGUUGUGGGAAUCUAGGCCUGAGGGAACAUAGGGCUGAGGGAACACAGAGCUGAGGGAACAUAGGGCUGAGGGGACAAUGGGCUGUGCUCUUCUGAUGAUAUUAUUUUUUUCUAUCUAAAUGUUCGUGUUUACAUGUUUCUAUCUGUCAGAUCAGCACAAACAUCAGGGAUCUUUUGCUCUGGGUGGGAUUUAAAGUUAUUUGUCAUUUUGUACGCUGCCCCCCGGUGGUUGUAUGAUUGUACUAUUAAUGCAUGGAUUCAUAAAGCAUGUGUACAGAUGGAUAAAUAUAUUAAGCACACAGUUUAUGGGUAAAGGUUAGAAUAUGCAUCUGAAUUUAUUGAAUCUUAAACAAUUUUUAGUGCAUUAAAUUAACUUUUUUUAAAUUAUACUUCAGUUUUUAAUUGACAAACCAGUUAAAUGAAAACAGACCCAACUUUACAGAAAUUAUUCAUUAAUAUUUUUUGACACUUAUUAUUCAUCUAUGCUUCCAAUUAGUGGUUAUAAAAAAAAAAGAUGUAACAUGAACACUAGUUUGAUUGGACCAUUGAGAUUAUUUCUUUCUUUUAAUGAAACAUGUUUAACUCAGAGAAACUUUAUUAACAGAUUGUGACCAAACUUUUUUUCUGUUUGUUUGUUUGUUUGUUAUUUAAAUUCCACCAAAGAUCUGAACUAAGGCUGUUCGAUAUAACCAAAGUCUCAAAUCCUGAUAUGAGUCAUUUCAUAACCAGAUAACGAUACAUAUCAUGAUAUAGAACAUUUUCUGCAAAUUCAAUGAAUGAAUACUUUAUAUAAAAUGACUGCAUCAAAAAGCCUAUUUCUUAUUACAUUUUGAAUUAUAUACUCGAAACACAAAAGGUAGGGGAGAAUGGGGUUGGUAGUCACACUUUUUACUUUCCUUUGAAUUUCUCAUAAACCAUAAACUGAAUAAAUUAACUUUUAAUUUGUGAUGAAAGCCUAAAGUGUCAGGUAGGAAUAGAGAGGUCUUACUCUCCUUCAGCUGAUUCUGUUCAAAAGAUAUGAGCCGUCAAAUAUGUCUUGUGCACUUGUGACAACCAACCACACGAUGAGGUUGGUAGUAAGACAUCAUGGAGGUUGGUUGUCCCUGUGUUAUAUUAAUGGGGAAAAAUAAAAAAUGUAUACAGUCUUAAAAAAGUAUUUAAAAUGUUUAGUUUAAUUGAAAUACAACAAUCUAAUACAACCCUCCUGCACAAAGAGAACAAAGGAAAAAUCAUUCCGCUAAGUGCCUUUUUUGUCCUUAUAUGACAAUAUUGUUAAUUUUCACCUCUCUGACUGCUCUGAGCUUCACAUCUGGAGGAGUCUGACCCUUGUUUGUCUUCCUGACAAAGUUCCUGCUCAUUUUGCUAUCUUAAAAGAAAGAAAGAACUAGAUAUAUGAAACAUGUAAAUACCAACAUGUGACAACCAACCAUGAAGAGAAUGUGACAAACAUCCCCAACUGGGAUUUUUCUCUACCAGCAAAGCGAACAACUACAUGUUUUGUCGUAGCUAAGAAACAAACCUCCCUAACUAUCGCUCUCUCUUCAUACUUUUUAAUGGUAAUAAUUGUUUUAUUAUAAACUCAUUGUGUAAAAGAAGAGAAACACUGAAGAGUUGGAUAUUUACAUUUUCACAUGAAAAACACUAAACGUCCUCUCACCUCAAUGUCAAGCAGUUUACUCCAGAAAUGAUCUGAAGUAACAUCUCAACUAAACUCUGAAACGUUCAGUACCAAAACCUUUUAACAACAGCGCCCUCUAGGGCCCGAGAUCUGAUGAAUGUGACAACCAACCCCGUUCUCCCCUACCUAUAUUCGAUUAUUUUGCUCAUUUUAUUUUGAACCUUUGUGUAACUUCUCAGUUAAGCAUGAAACACGUGAUGGUUUUCUGAUCCAUGUCAGUCUUUUAGGUACCAAUUCCUCAUCUUUGUCUUGGCUGGUCCUGUUCGGAGUUACGCUGCUCUGUGUCACGUUCAUUCUCCUCCACGUUUGUUCGUGUUGGCGUUAUUAAAAUGUCCUGCCUGCAUCCAUGCCGUGCAAAAGAACGCAAAGCAAAACAUGAUAGACGAUGAUCUGUAUGAUAAGAUCCCACAGCCCUAAUCUGAACAUACACCAUUACGCUCCUUUUUGUGUUAUUUAUUGAUGUCUUUUUGCCCCACAGACGAAUAGCUUGAAAACAGCUGGUCAAAUUUUCAGGAAAUUUACUGCAGAUGUUUUUUAAUGACCCAAUGCUUCUUCCUUUAGCGCCAACUUUAGGACAAACUUUACAAUUUUGGCUCAAAUGUUGGUUAGAAAAGAUAAAUUCUCAGUUAAUUCUUUAAUUGAUUGAUUGAUUGAUUGAUUGAUUGAUUUGCUUGUUUUUGUCUGACCAACAGCCCAGAAUCUAGAAAUAUUCAACUGAUUGAUAUGUAUGUCAAAGGAAAACAAAUAUUCUCUCUUUAAUGAAGCUGGAAGCAGAACAUUUGUGGGUUUUUAUGCUUGAAAAAUAACUGAAACCAUUAACUGAGUAAUGGUUGCAGCUCCAGUUUGUUCAUAUUGUGGAUGUAAUGAACUCGGCAACCUCUAGAGGACGCAAACGGGACUUUAAAAAAUUGCAUAAUUAUGAAACAUUUACCUUUUAUUCAUCAACAGAAAAUGGGACAAACGGAUAAGAAAAACAGACAAAAAAGCAAAAAAAAUAAUGAUUCAGACAUGACAGUGUGUAUUCUCUCUCCACUAAUAUGUAAACUCACAUGUAUCUUACACAGAGUCACAUUGAUUUAAUGUUCUGUUGUGCACUGAUGUGUUAUUAUUUUUUACACACAUGUAUGAAUUAUAUAAAAAGUUAUAAAUGAAUUGAAAUAAACACAUUUUAGCAUCUGAGAAAUGUUUGUUCUGUCAAAGCUAAAUGAAAUAAAAAAGAUUCAGCUCC